AUGUUUGGUUUAAGAGACUUGGUUCUCAUAGCCCAAACCCCUUCCUCACUUCACCACCACCAACAACAAAACCAACCCAUUUCAUCAGAUCAUCCUCCUAACCUUCCUCUACCUUCAUCAUCAGCUCUCAGUGUUGGUCUUGGAAUUUUCCCACUCCUGACCACCACUCACAUUGAUAGCAACAAUAAUAAUAAUCAAGACUCAAACUUUUGGAAUCUCAAGAUGUGUCAACCACAGCAAGUGAUGAUGAUGAUGGAUUCAACAAGAAAAGGGGUUGAAGAAGAGGAUGAAAAGAUUCAAAAUUUGAUGAUGGGUUGUGAGGAGAAUGGCGAGUUUAGGGUGUGUCAGGAUUGUGGAAACAGAGCUAAGAAAGAUUGUAGCUUUAAAAGAUGCAGGACUUGUUGUAAAGGUCGUGGGUUUGAUUGUAGUACUCACGUGAGGAGCACGUGGACUCCGGCUUCCAUGCGGCGGGACCGCCAUAUGGUGGUGGCUGAAGGUGGUGGUGACAGUGAUGGUUCUUCUGGAACUAAGAGACCGAGGAUUUUUGUAGCAUCAUCAUCACAUGAUAAUUUUGCUGCCACCUCUCAUAGUUCCAGUUCUAAUGCUGCUACUACAAGAAGCUUAAGCUUGGAUAUCACCAGCUCUUCUCACCAAGAUGUUGGUUUCAAGCAAUCUUUGCCAAGAUAUGUGACUGCACCUGCUGUUUUCAAGUGUCAUAGAGUUUCUGGCAUUGGCAAUGGUGAUGAAGAGGAAAUUGCUUACCUGGCUACUGUGAAUAUAAACGGCCAUUUGUUCAAAGGGUUUGUUUAUGAUCAAGGAGUUGUUGAUGGAAAAGAUGAAACAACAAUGGGUUGUGUUUCAGAAUUGCAACUUGGGAGUAAUAAUAGGGAAUGUUCUUCUGUAAUUCAGGUUCCAACAACAAGUGGUUACCCUACUUCUGCAUGCUGA